UGUACUCCAUUGCUUCGAGUUCGAGUUAGAGUUUGAGUUAGAGUUCCGACUUCUACUUCGACCCCAUCAGUGUCACUGCCCAGUCGGAGACAACUCAUUGUUGUUUUGCUCGAUCCAUUUUCUCUCUGCCAAAUCCCUCUCACCAUUUCCCAAUUUUCAUCCCAAUAUACUCAUUCCAAUUUUUUAUUCAAUUCCUGUUGAAAUUCCCAGUUCCCUUUCCUUUCUUGUUGAAUUCCCAGCUGGAAUUUCUCCGUUGCCAGGGGAGCAGUUUUUGCCGUCCUUGUAGACCAGCAAGUCGUCGGGUCUUCUUGCUGCUGCUUCCACCGACACCUGCUGCUGCAGAUCUUCACGCCACAACAGAUAUCGGAGUCGAUUCGAUUCGAUUAGCUGAUUUUGUUUCGAGAUCGCUGGACUGGGAGUUCUUGCUUUAGCUGCAAUGAGGGUGCAGUAGUUAGGUCGUCCGGAAUUACGGUUUUAAAAGCUCAAUUGUGCUGUAAUCUUGGCGGCGGAGAUGGGUGCGGGUGCUGCAGCGACGCCGGUUUCGUACAAGGGGAUGGAGGAUAACGUGAAGGGCUUGGUUUUGGCCUUGUCUUCUAGUAUUUUCAUCGGCGCCAGCUUCAUUGUUAAGAAAAAGGGGUUGAAGAAGGCUGGUGCUUCUGGUCUAAGAGCUGGAUUUGGAGGGUAUUCAUAUUUAUACGAGCCAUUGUGGUGGAUGGGCAUGACAACAAUGAUUGUUGGGGAGAUAGCAAAUUUUGCGGCUUAUGCAUUUGCUCCGGCAAUUCUUGUAACUCCUCUCGGUGCAAUCAGCAUUAUAAUCAGUGCUGUGCUCGCACAUAUUAUUUUGGAGGAGAAACUGCACAUAUUUGGUAUUCUUGGCUGUGUCUUAUGUGUCGUGGGGUCUACAACAAUUGUCUUGCACGCUCCACAGGAAAGUGGGAUCGAAUCUGUGAAGGAAGUAUGGGACCUUGCCACCGAGCCAGCAUUUCUAUUAUAUGCAGCUCUUGUGAUAACCCUCGUCCUCGUUAUAAUCUUCCAUUACAUCCCUCAGUAUGGCCAGACUCAUAUACUGUUCUACAUUGGCGUUUGUUCGCUAGUUGGUUCUUUAUCGGUUAUGAGUGUCAAAGCAUUGAGUAUUGCGAUAAAGCUCACACUAUCGGGAACGAAUCAGCUGAUGUAUCCCCAAACAUGGGUGUUUGCUAUGGUUGUCGCCGUUUGCGUACUCACUCAAAUGAACUACCUAAACAUGGCUCUUGAUACAUUCAACACAGCCGUAGUUUCUCCGAUUUACUAUGUGAUGUUCACAUCCUUGACUAUAUUGGCAAGUGUGAUAAUGUUCAAGGACUGGGACAGACAGAACCCGACUCAAAUUAUCACCGAAAUGUGCGGGUUUGUGACUAUUCUUUCCGGAACCUUUCUUCUCCACAAAACGAAGGACAUGGCUGAUGGUUCGAAGUCGAUGAGACUUCCUAAACAUGCAGACGAGGAAGAUGGAUUGGGUGAAGAAGGCAUCCCUCUUAGGCAGCAGGAUUCAUCGAUGCGAAAAUCUUGAUAAUGUAUAAUCGAUUAAUCAAUCUCUCUUGGUUUCCAAUAGUAAGUCUUAAGUCUGUUUUUUUUGUCCAAAGUGAGAUCCCAAAAUGAAUUAAGGUCGAAAGUCGAAGGCCUUUUUGGGGGGCUGGACUGUAAGAUACAACUAUAUUAAUACCACCUCACCACACAAUUCGUGUGAGAUAUUAUUAUUAUUAUUAUUAUUAUUUUGUUAGAUCAA